GUUCCCAAAACCCAUCCUUUGGCCCCAGCCCUGUCCCCAGUCCUGGAUCCCCAAACCUCAAUCCCUUAUUCCCAAAACUUGGUCCUCAAACCCCAGUCCCCAAACCCCAGCUCUUGACCCCAGUCCCAAUGCGCUGCUGUCCCCAUUUCUGCCCCCAGCGG